AAAAAAAAAACCAAACCCCCCCCAAAACUCCUGGGGAUGGGAAUUCCUGGAGCCUCCAGAGGGUGAAACGCGCUGGCAGCAUCUGCUCCCCGCCCCGUUCGUGGGACCCUAUUCAUGUCACGGGGCUUUUCAGGGCCAAGAUGGAUUCCUGGGCCGGGCACUGUUGUUGUGAGCUCUCUCCUAACCUUUCAGGUCAUCUCGGGCCCGGCAGCUGGACAGGGGCCGUGCCGUGGCCUGGGGGUGCCAAUGUUCUGCCCGAGGGCCGUCAGGAGCCUGGUAGCCCGAGAAGAUGCAGAAGAGCUCCUACUACGACGGCUCCGCGCUCUUCGGGCCUUUCUCCUACGGCGCCGGCGCCAACGGCUUCGGCUACGAGGGCGCCCAGCCGCCCUUCCAGCCCGUCCCCCAGGCCGAGGGCGACUUCCAGAGAUCCUCCUGCUCCCUGCAGUCCCUGGGCGGCAGCGCGGCCAAGGGUAAAGAGCUCAACGGCGGCUGCGCCCGGCCGGCCUCGCCCGACGACGGCGCCGGGAAAAGCGCGGCCGGGAAAGGCGACCCGGGCAUCUCCAAGCAGAUCUUCCCCUGGAUGAAGGAGUCCAGGCAGAACUCCAAGCAGAAGAACGGCUCCCCCGGGGGGGCAGAAAGCUGCAGCGAGAAAAGCCCCCCGGGCUCCUCGGCCUCCAAGAGGGCGCGCACGGCCUACACCAGCGCCCAGCUGGUGGAGCUGGAGAAGGAGUUCCACUUCAACCGCUACCUGUGCCGGCCGCGGCGCGUGGAGAUGGCCAACCUGCUGAACCUCAGCGAGCGCCAGAUCAAGAUCUGGUUCCAGAACAGGAGGAUGAAAUACAAGAAGGAUCAGAAAUCCAAAGGCGCCGGCUCUUCCUCCGGGGGCCCCUCGCCGGCCGGCAGC